AUGGCUAGCACUCUUCGCAAUAUCAUCGUCGUGGGAGGCUCUUUCGUCGGGCGGACAACCGCUCAAGAGCUCGCCAAAGUGGUUCCACCGACACAUCGAGUUCUCCUCACCGAGCCCCAUAGUCACUUUCAUCAUCUUUUCACCUUUCCUCGGUUUGCGAUCGUUCCUGGACAGGAACACAAGGCAUUCAUUCCAUAUAGUGGACUGUUUUCGGUCGUGACCGACUCGAAGUCACACGAGUUUGUUCAGGCGCGCGUCACAUCGGUUCACCCCCAACAUGUGCAGCUUGAUCGAGAAUGGCAUGGAUCCACGCAGAUCCCAUUCGAUUACAUUGUGGUCGCCACCGGCACGCGCCUCUCGAAGCCUGCGGCCAUGGAAAAGGACGACAAACUGUCCUCGGUGGAGUACCUACAAAAGCACCAAGCCGAUGUCAAACGGUCGCAGUCUAUCUUGAUCGUUGGAGGUGGUGCCGUGGGCGUGCAAAUGGCAACCGACCUGAAAGAAUAUUACCCAGAGAAGGAGAUCACAGUUGUUCAGUCCCGACCUCAGCUCAUGCCCAGUUUCCAUGUUGGUCUGCAUGAGCUCAUCAAGGAACGCUUCGAUGAGCUGGGGAUCAAGCUUAUCACCGGGGCCCGAGUCAAUAUCCCAACAGGUGGAUUCCCCACCGAUGGAAAGCCUUUUGAUGUCCAGCUCACCAAUGGAAACUCCGUGUCGACCCAGUUUGUGAUUUUGGCGACCGGCCAGACACCCAACAACCAGCUGGUUAAUGACUUGGAGCCCUCCACCCCUGACAGCCCAUCUGUGGUGAACCCGGACAACGGGUUCAUUCGAAUCCGACCGACAAUGCAGUUCCUGGAUGAGAAAUACUCUAAUAUGUUUGCCGUCGGAGAUAUCGCGGAUACCGGUGCGCAGAAGGCGGCACGCCCUGGGUCAGUGCAAGCAGGAGUGGUUGCAAAGAAUAUCUUGGCUAUGAUUGAGGGUCGACAGCCCGAAGAGAAGUUUGUGAAAGGUCCUGGGGCGAUCCACAUUACUCUCGGAAUGAAAUACAACGUGAUAUUCCGAAACCCUAAUGUGGCAGAGGGACAGACAGAGCCUUGGACCAAUCCAAAGCAUGAUGGGCAAGAAGAUAUGAAUGUGGAGGGUAUGUGGCAAAGAAUGGGCAUUGAAGUCGAUCACCCCCGUCAAUAUCAUCUCUGA